CCUACCAAUGCAUCACUGCGCCACCUAAUCUGGAGAAUUAACAUUAUCAAUAGUUUUCUGUACUGGAACUUAUAUAGUAAUUUUAGUUGGGUGUAAAACAGUACAGAAUAUAAUAGAAAUCUAAGAAUAUAAAUAUAUACUUCUUAGAUUUUUUCUGUAUCAAGAAAAAAAAAACCAAUAAAAGUUAUUCAGUAUUAUAAGAUGUAUGAUUUGAUUUAAAAUAAUUUUUUGAAUUUCAUCAGUAUAUUAUAAAAGAAAUAUCAAAAAAAGUGCAUUUUUUUGUGAUACUCAAACCUCAAUAUUUUGCUUACUUUUGACACAUAUUAUAACACACACGUACAUAUGUGUAACUUAUACUACAAUUCUAUCAAAGAAAUGUAGGUUAGAAAAAGUUUCACACAUUGACAGUAUAAUUAUGAAAGUGAUAUAAAUAAAAAAUAAUUUUAUUACGUUACUGUUGAUAUUGGAAAUGAAUAAGAUAAUGUAUGAUCUCAGGACAUAUAAUAUAAGUACAUUUUAUACCAAGUGAACAAUGUUUAUGGCAGUGCAUCAAACAAAGUCAUUGAUUUUGAUAAGUUGAACUACAAAUAAUUUUUGGAUGUAUAGUAUACAAUAAUCUAUGAAUUUAGGCGUAUUCAAUAGAGUUAAUCAUAAAGAUUCCCAAGGAGGAAUGUAUUCAGAAUGGGCUUCUUUAAGCAUUCUGAUUCAACAAGGUUCAGAAGAAAGUCAAAGUGUAUUAGAAAAGUUUUCACCUGGAGCAGGAAAAGAAGUCGCAUUAUCCAUAGUACGUCAACUAGCUGCUAAUCUUGGUAUUACUCAAGCAGCAGAACCUAGUCCUUUAUGCACUGAUAAGGAAGUACAGUGGUGUAUGGAAGUUAUUUGUUAUGGCCUUUCUUUACCCUUAGCUGAACAUGACACGGUCAGAGAUUGUGUUAAUGUAUAUUGUGAAUGGCUAUCUGCAUUAUAUUCUACACCAAAGGUUUCUGUACCAAGGCCAAUUAUAGAUGAUCCAAAUUUUUAUGCUAGGAAGAUUAUAAGUCAUUUUCAUAAUUUAUUUAUUCCAAGAAAAGGAGAAGUUUGGCCAUUUUUGUAUCAGGAUUUAGGAAGUGAUACUAUAAACAGACAAGCUGUGUUAUGUCAUAGAGUGCUCAGAACACUUCAACAAAUUGCAAGAGGUCCAGCAUCAUUAGAAAGAGAAACUUGGGAAAGUUUAUUAUUAUUUCUUAUUGGAAUUAAUGAUGCAUUAUUAGCACCACCAGCAACAAGGGAAGAUGCUGGUGAACAGCUGUGUGAAAGAGUACUUGGUGUAUUAUUAGAGGUAUGGUUAGUAGCUUGCGAACGUAAUUUUCCUGCACCACCUUUAUGGCGUACAUUACGAGAGUCGUGCCUUCGAUGGCGGCACAGAUUAGCUUUGAUAGAACAAUGGAAUCGUGUGUGCCUAGCACUCACAGCAAGACUUUUACAAAUUAUGUAUGGGCCAAUGUUCCCAGAGUUAAAAAUAAGCGAAGAAGAUGCACAACUUGUGCCACCAACUAUGUCAGAGGAAGCUGUUGCACAAGCAUGGUACAGACUUUUGCGAACUAUUGGAGAUCCUGUAGAUUUAUGCAGACCAGCUGUAGUAUCACAAACUCAAGCAUUUUUCCAAUAUGCUAUUGCUAGCCCAAAUGUUAUAGAUCCUUGUCAACAUCCAUGUCUACAAGGAUUGCCACAAAUAUUCUUGAAAGCUAUAAAAGGAAUAGCUGGACAAGUUGAUGCAUUUCUUGGAGUUUCACAAGCAUGUUGCUGGGAAGAAUGUUGCGUAUCGAACAUUGCAUCUGGAACCAAUAAUAAUGGAAACAUAGGUGUUGGGUGGGACAGAUCAAGUGGCAAGGACCAACCACAACCCUCCCCUACACCUCCAACACAACGCCGACUUGCCAAAAGUUUCAGUGUUACACCUUCUGCGGUUACUAAGGGGAUACCAAAAGCUUCUUUGAUUGGUUUAACAACCAGUCGCGUAUCUAGUACACCUCCAAUGUUGAUAUCAAAUUCAGGACCAUCAUCAGCAUCUAGUACAACUUCUAUGACCUCACUUGGUCAAGAUAUUCGACCUCCUUUAGCACCAAGUAGACCUAAGUGCAAUAGUAUAUUACACCUUUUUGGAGAAUGGUUAUUCGAAGCUGCAUUUAUAGGAACAAAUGGAUGGUCACAAAAUUUACCUCAACCAUCAGGAGCAUCAAAACGUCCAUCCUCAGUACUUGUAGAUGGGCCAAGUUCGUUACAAGAAACUAUUAGUGAAGUACCUCCUACACUUUGUAUAGAUCGUUAUGAAUCAGGCAGAGCAGAAGCUAUGGGUGCACUCUGUAGAAUUUUUUGUGCCAAAAAGACUGGAGAAGAAAUAUUGCCUGUUUAUUUAGCAAGAUUUUAUCAAGCAAUGCACCAUGGUCUCAAAUUAGAUGAUACAAGAGAGUGUGGUGAAACAUUAGCAUAUAUUCUUUUGAAUUCGUCCGAUUUAUUUCGUUUGGAUUUGAAUGGUGUACAAGUGUUAGUACCUGCAGUAUUAUCUGCCUUGGAACUGGUACUCCCUGAGAAAGAUUUAAAAUUAAAAUCUAAUAUAGUUUCGAAACCGGAUUUAAGACGAGCUUCGAUACAUUUACUUAUAUCGAUGUUAGCAUUACCAUUACACUUUCAGAAUCUCCCUAUCAAAGAACUUCCAACAUUUCCAAAUACAUCUUCUGAAAAAACUCAAAUGACCUUUGCACAAUUAAAAUCAAGAUUGAUGAAUUUGCUUAUUAAUGCAUUACAAGUAGAAACUGAUCCACAAAAUACUCAUAUGCUUCUAGGGGGUCUUUUGCUAAGUGUACAAGAUUCUGCUGCAGCAGAAGAGGUUGAACAAGUGACACAGCCAGAUGCAGUACCAAAUGAUACAACAGUUAAUUUAUUAUCUUCAGUUACCAGCGAUUCAGCCAGUCAAAUAAGCAUAUCCAGUGAUCAACGUUCUCUCGGUGAUGCCUCUGAUAUAGCAACUCUUCAAGAGGAAUGCAUUGCAUUCGAUUCGGCACAUGCUCUUUUCGUACGAGCCACGUAUCUCGUUUGUCACAGGUUGAUAUCUUCAUGGAAAACAGAUUUAAACAUUUCACUGGCUGCACUUGAAAUGUUAUCAGGAUUGGCAAGAACGCGAAUUCGAGAAACAGCAAGGAAACUCACAGAUGCUUUGGAAUGUAAACGAGCUGUGAAAUGGUUGUGCGAUUAUAUUGCAUAUCAAUGUUGGCGACCUCCUCCAGCACAUUCCAAAGAUUUGCAUUCUUCUAUUGUAGCAGCGUUUGGUUGUUUAACGACCUGGUUAACCGCUCAUUCUCAAUUACUACAGGAUAAAGAUUGUUUAACAACAGUAUUGGAAGUAGUAGAGUUAGGAGUAUCAGGUACAAAAAGUAUUGGUAAACCAGGUGAACCAAUUAAAAUGAAGGAUGAAAAAGAAUUAAAGCCAGCAUCAAUGCGUGUUAGAGAUGCUGCAGAAGCUCUUCUUACAAUAAUAUUAGAACAGGUCGGUUAUUUUCCUAGUGCUUGUGGUGCACAAUCAUUAUCAUCUUUACUAGAUGAAGUUUCGUUGCUUCGGCAUUGCAAUAGUUGGACUGGUGGUCGUGUUGCUCGGCAAGCAGCAGUUGAAAGAUUUCGUUAUUUUGUUGCCGAAAAUGCAACCAUUCUAGCUUUAUUAGAAGAACCUUUAGGAAAUGAUCAGGAUCCGCAACCUACAGUAACCGUUUUAAUACGCGGACCAUUUGGUAGGCAUGCAUGGACUUUGCAGUUACGACAUUUGCCACGGCAUAGAUCUAGUAUUAGAAGCGUAAAUACAAAUCCUGGCCGACCUUUACCAUUAAAUGAAGCAGCACCAAGAACGGAUUAUAAGCCUAAAUUUUUCCCUGACAAUGUAGAUAGAAUACCUCAUUGUAAAGUAGAUGAAUCAAUACCUAGUCUUGAAGCUGUUAUGAAUGAUAACGAAUCAGUUAGAAACGAACAUGAGCUGUUAUCGCAAUUGCUGGAACGUCAGAUAAAUUUAGAAAAAAAAUAUGAUGAUGUCAGUAAUAAGGAAGUGGAUGAAAAAACUGAGGAAUGUGCACCACCACAAAUAUGUCAUGAAUUCCAAACUGCUCGUUUAUUUUUAAGUCACUUUGGUUUUCUCAAUAUCGAAAAUAGAGAAAGUGAAGAGUCUGGGAAUAGUACUCUUACUGCUUUAGAUCCUACUAUUCCAGGAUUUUGUACAGAUUUGGAAACAUUAGAUAAUAUUAGUUCAAGAACAUGUGAUACUGUUCAUAUAUUUUAUGUCAAAGCAGGUCAGAAAACAGUACCCGAAAUAUUGUCCAACGUACUUCACGAAAAAAAUGUAUCACCAAAUUUUUUGGAAUUUCUUAAUUCACUUGGUUGGCCAGUAUCAGUUUCUGCACAUGCUGGUUGGACUGGUCACGUUUACACUUCAUGGAAAGUAACUCCACAAAUGAAUGUUUCACAAUCGAGCACUAGUGAUCAUGGUGGUUCUCUUUAUAAUGGCGAUACACAUGUACUAUAUUGGGCGGAUGUCAGUGCAGAAAUUGCAUUUGUUGUACCAACACAGUCAUUUAUAAUGACAAAUUCAGAUUCGUUAGAAGAAGCUAGUUAUACCAGUGACACUAGUAAUGGUCAAUCUUGGUUUGAAAGAAGUAUUAGUGAAAGUGGCGGAUCUCGUUCCUGUAGCAUUCCACAGAAUUCAAGAACAAUGUCGCUUGAUUUUGAAAAACAACCACCAAGUUUUUCAGGGUCAGGUCCUCCUAGUUCCUCAAGUGCAGAUCCUGUUAAACCAAGAAGAACAACAAAACAUGCUUUACCAAUACAAACAGAUACAAGAAUUAUGGUGGUAUGGCUAGAAAGCUUGGAAGAUUAUACUCAUUUUCCAAUUGGAGAUAUUCUACCCUUUACACAUACUGGUUUAGAAUAUUGUAGAACAAUUCAACCGUCUGACGUACAAGUAAUUUUUCUUCAAUCUCUUGCUAGUGGACUCAUGAGAGUCAGAUUACAAGGUCCAACUUCUAGAAUAAAUUUAGCAACUCCAUUAAUUGAUGGUAUGGUUGUAUCUAGAAGAGUAUUAGGUACUCUUGUUAGGCAAACGGCGUUAAAUAUGGGUCGGCGUAAAAGACUUGAUAAUGACAGCUAUCAUCCACCACAUGUUAGAAGAAGAUUGAAGAUUCAGGACAUGGUUCAGAAAUAUAAAAGGAAUUUAUCUGAACCAGAAUUAUUAACACUUUUAUUUAGCAGUACUCAAACGUAUUAAAUUUUUAUAAGGGAUCAGUAUCUUGCAUUAUAAAUAUAUCUCUAAUACACUUAAUUCUGAGAUAAAAAUCUUAUUAUUUUCUAAAAUAAUAAUGCAUAUGAAGGUACAUAAAUUGCACAAAAAAUAAAUUAUACUGUUUAUCUUAGUUAUAUUCAAUCUAUUCUUCAUGUGAUUAGAUUUAAAAGUUUUUCCAUUGUAAAAAAUUAUAAUAUAGAUUAUAUAUAAUUUGAUUUAGUCCAGUAAUGUUAAUUUAGUCAUAAUGCUAAACCAUAUUGUAUGAUUAAAUUAACUGGCUUCUUCAAGCAGCAUUAAAAUAAUAUCAUCAAUUGAUCCUUUUUUUAUAGGGACAGAAAAAUUUGUUAUAAUUCUGUUUAAUCAACAAUUAUAUUUCUUUGUACAUAUAAUAUUAAGGUAAUGAAAAUUUUAGUAAAUUUAUUAUAAUUUUAAAAGUAUUAAAACAUUAAAUAUAUUUAUAUAUAACAAUACCAAACUCGAUAAUAAAAUUAGAAAAUGUUUUGAAAGUUAUUUCGAUUAUUUAGAUUCUAAAACUUAAUAAAUAAUUUCGUUAUAUUGAGAAAAAAUAUAAAACAUUUAAUUUUUGUUUUCUUUCACAUUUAAAUUAUUGUUUAUACAGACGAAUACAACAAGUAAUUACGUUUAUUGUAAUGAACUCAAGGGGAACAAAUUACAUGAUACAGUGUAAUGAUGGGAAGAUUAUGUCAUACAGUUUUAGUUCUUUCCUUCUCUUUGUUCGUAUAUUUAUGUAACAAUUCUUUCAGUCAAUCAAAUGGGGGUCAAAUGGAUACAUUUAAGUGAGGCCUCGAAACUAUUUGACCAUGGUUUUAUCAAUCCAUUUAAAAUGUUUUACAAGUUCGCUUUCCGUUUCAAACAAAACAAAUUGAUAGAAAAUAAAAUGUUAACUUUUAAAAGUUUAUUACAAACAAUUGUUUAUUUAUAUAUCUAUAUAUAUAUGUAUGUAUAUAUAUAUAUAUAUAUAUGCGUGUAUGAACUAAUUUAUUUAAAAAAGGAACAUAUUAAAUAACAGACGCGAUUUCAUCGGUAAUAUAGAUUUUUUUAUAAGUCCGUUUAAAUUUUGGAAAGACUUGAAACUGUUUAUCAUUAUAUCACGUGCGUAUAAAAUGACUAUGCCAGAAUCAUACAAUAUUGUCCAAUUAAAGCAAUACUAUUCAAUUUGGUAUUUAAAAGGAGCUGCAGAACAUCAUAUUACACGAGUAUUGAUAUUGCGAGUCAUGAUAGAUAAGUUGAUCGAUCGAUAUCUCACUUUACUUAUCAUUCAUUCUAAUCAAGAAUCAGUCUAACUAAUUUGUUAUAUAGACAUAAAGCUUGUCACAUUCUCAGAAAGUAUUUUUUUUAAUAUUUUCUUUAUCACAAUGACGUGUCAAAAAUUAAUCGAAUAUCGGUCAAUUUAAAAGAUAAAAAAGAAAAAGAACAGAUAACAUCACAUUAUAAAUCUUAUCAGAACUCAGAAAUAAGAUAUGUCUUUUUUUUGUUAUAAUAAAAUAUAUCUUCUUAUUCACGAUUCUUGAUAGAACAUAGCAGUUUACAUGUCGAGAUAUUUGUUCUGUAUAUAGAAAAAGGAAAAAACUGCAUAAUCAUUCACCUUGUGUUGUUGUCUGAGUUCAUCGCGUUAACUUCGAGAAGAAUAUAUAUCUCUUACCAUUGUAAAGUGACAUCAAUCAUUGCCAUUGAUAUUAAUCUCUUCGUGUCGAGUUUUUUCGAGUGAAAUAAACAUUUUUCAUAUACUAAUAAUGAUAUAAAUAACCUCUAAUAUGGUAUAUAUGUAUUAAAUAAAUUAAUAUAAAAUUUUGAUAAUAUAUCAAAAGUUUGCAGAGACAAAAAAUGUUCAAUAGGAUUGAUUUGUAAUUAUAUAAUGUACGUAUUUCGUAAUUAAUUGCUCAUUGAAUAUAUUGCGUGUGCAUAUAUUUCCAAAAUUAUUACGUCAUCAUCUUGAAAAUAAUAACAAUAGAUAAAAAAGUUUCGAUAAUACUUAUGUAUAUAAAUUAUAUAGCAUGCAAUUUGAAAAGUUUAACUAUUUUUCGAAUAUUAAUGAUAUAUCGUCAUUUAUUUCAUUCGAUUUAUCUUUAUUGUAAUAUCAUCGAUGUAUCGAAUUUAUAUCAAAGAACAAUUAAUAUAAUUACUAAAUAAUCGUAUUCACGAUAUCGAUAGAAUAAAAUACAGAUGACUAAAUCGUGUAACAUUGUGCAAUAUCAGAAAUCAGUAGUUCAAAAGAACCUGUUCGCGGCACUCUCAAGGUCAGAUUCUAAAUCCAAGUAAUCCAUGAUAGUGAUAUAUCUAUAAAAACUAUAUCCCGUUUAGUUCUUGCCACUUUCUACUUUCUAUAUCUGUCUGCAUUACUUUUCUAUAAGCUUUUAUUUUAUAUAUCAUGAAUGUAAUUUGUAUAAUAAGAUUUUAUUUUAUCUGUCUUGAUAAAAGCCAAAAUAAAUCUAUUUGAUUUAUUCACAUA